AUGUCUAUGGCCGCAAUUAGGAAAGAAGAAAAUAAUGAAGAAAAAAUUUUUAAUUUUCAGCAAGCGAUAAAAAAAUAUGAAAAAAAAUUAAGUGAAUUAUUAAAACAAGACCAGAAAGAAAGUAAAAUUAUUCAAGAGUUAAGUGUAGUUAAAAGAGAAUUGACCCAAGCCGAAAAGGAAUUGAUUUUUUACAGAGAAAAAGAAAUAAAUCUUGAAAAGGCAGAUGAACGAAGAAAUUCUACUAUCCCUAUCCUAAAAAAAAGAAUUGAAGAGUUAGAGGAAGAGGCUAAUCAAAAUGUAUUAAGAAAAUAUUUUAUCAACCACGAGGAUAUUGCUUGGACGAUUGCCCGAAGAUAUAAUUUGCCAGUGGGAAAAAUUCUGGCUAGCGAGCAGAAAAAAUUAUUUUUUCUUUCCGCGAUUCUUCAACAAAGAGUUAAAGGACAGGAAGAGGCUUUGCGAGGAAUAAGCGAUGCCAUUUUUCGUUCCCGAGUCGGAAUUCAAGACCCAAGCCGACCACUAGCUUCUUUCCUUUUUGUUGGACCAACCGGAGUGGGGAAAACCUUAGUGUCCUUGACAAUUGCCGAACAACUUUUUGACCAAAAACAAAAUCUAGUUCGCCUCGAUAUGACCGAAUUUUCAGAGCCUCAUUCGGUGAGCAAACUGAUUGGUGCCCCACCGGGUUAUAUCGGUUUUGAAAAUAAGCCAAUUUUGGAAGUGGUUCGAGAAAAAAUGAAUAGCGUGAUUCUUUUUGAUGAAAUAGAAAAGUGCCAUCCGGAGGUGAUUAACCUUCUUUUACAAAUACUCGAUAAUGGUUUUAUUAGUUUAGCAGAUGGUCGGGAAGUUAAUUUCCGGAAUACUAUUAUCAUUUUGACUACUAAUUUAGGUUCAGAAUUAUACUUUGAAGAAAGGGACAAAAAUGAGUUACAAGAAGGGUUAAAUUAUGAAUUAAAAAAACAUUUCCGUCCCGAAUUUCUAAAUCGUUUAGACGAAAUAGUCUUUUUUAGUCCUUUAAGUGAGGAAAUUGUUAGUGAGAUUGUGGUUAAAGAACUAGAAAUAUUUAUUCAACGGGUCGAACAAGAAAAAGGGGUUAAAUUACAAUAUAAUGAAAAAAUAAUAGAAAAAGUUUUUCGGGAAGCCUAUUUUCCGGAAUAUGGUGCUCGACCGAUUAAGCACUAUAUUGAAAAGCAAAUUGGUACCUUAGUUGCACGAGGGAUUGUUUCCCAAUUCAUUCAUUUUAGUGGCAAUUAUCUUUUAGAUUUAGAAAAAGAAACCAAUGAAAUUAAAAUAACUAAACUUGCUUCGCUAGAAACCAAAAAAAAUUUAUUAAAAGAGAAACAUGAAUAG